GGCUGCUGCAGUAUGAGCACGCAGUGUGUGCAGCGGGUGCUACCGCUGUAAAAGCUUGCAGACUGCGCCUCGAAGUGGCUCUACGCGACGUGUGGGAUCGAUUAUCGAUCCUGCUUCGUUCGGUGCUUCAGCUGGUGCGAGCACACAGCAGAUGCAAGCUGCACCCGCGACGUUGCUAGCGUCAUGUAACACUCUAGGAUGCACGAGAGCUCGGCUUUUUGGUCGCUCAUCAGGCCAAAGCUGUGCGCUGACAGCGCGAAAACAAUCCUAAGAGAUAGCCCGAAGCCGCUCGCCCACGUCUGCGACGCCUGCGCCCGCCGCCGCUGCGAGCAACACACGCAACACAACCAUGCCGGAGGAAAUAGCCAACCCUUUGCCGGACGACCGCUGCGUGAUUGUCGUGACGGGCCCGAUCGGCUACGGGAAAUCACGCUUUAUACGACGCCACCUCUUACCAGCCUUGCACAAACAGCAGCGCAAGGUAGCGUUACUCGAACAUCGUUUUUCGUCAGAGUUCGGCCAACACGCGAGACAGCCGCCCAAAGAAUUAGCGUUCAAAGAAGCGACGGCAAACGUCUUCGACUUUGGCGGUGGUUGCGUCUGCUGCUCGCCGCGCGGCGAUGUGGAACGACGGACGCGGGAACUCAUGGCCGCGGCCAUAAAAAAAAAAGUACCCCUCGAUACGAUCGUCCUGGAAACGACGGGCGUCGCCGAUCCGUUGGUCUUCGCGGAGUGCUGCCCGCGGGCCUUCAACGCGCGGAAAGCACUUGUCGUGUGCGUGUGCCUCGCGAAGGAAACCGCACCUUGCGAAGCACUAGAAAGCACGCUAAAAAGGCAACUGGACGUCGCGACCGUCGUCGUCUCGCAACGGACGACCUCCUCAAAGGCCUCGGAUCCCAAGGAAGCCGUCGAAAGAAUAUGUAGAGCUAUAACAUCACCGUCACUGUCCCGACCUCAGUAUGAUGGCCCCAAAAUCAACGACAGCAAGGACCCCUUCGCGCGGUACCCCGACUUGCAGGAGGAGAAGGCCAUCAUCCACGACAAAAAAGUGGAAUCUUACGUGCUCAUGGCGCCCGGCAAGGUCGACGUCGCCGCCUGUGUGGAAAUCAACCUCCACGCCAUCGAGCAGACGCAGCUACGGAGACAACGUGGGGCGCCUGAAAUUUGGUUUCCACACAGGUCGAGAAGGCCGAGGACGUGUUACACUCAUUAAGUAGAAAGAGAGGCGUGCUGCGGGUCAAAGUCGCCGCGAAGCUCCACGGCACGCAGCAGGGGUUGUGGCACGAAGACAAGCACGGCGGCUUUUUGAUUGGCGAAUCGAGCCCUUACGGUGUGACCUCAAAAUUAGUCGACGAGGUCGCGGAGCAUGAGAGGCUCGGUGAUUUCCAUCCUCAUGAUCCGGGUCGAUGUUUCGUGGUCACGACGACGGAUGCGGACGUGACGGCAGCGACCAUGUGCGAUCAAUGGCGGAAUUGCCAAGCGCCGAAAAAUUAUCAAUGGUUGUGCGACGCAGAGCUCGAGUUUUCGAAUGGUCAGAAGGUCUGCGAGGCGUUUCGUGGUUCCACCAAGCUCGCCGUGACCUUCCACAAGGUCCAGGGUAGAUAUUUGGUCACACCAGCAUUACUAGAUUGUGGUUGUGACUUGACCAAGGACUGUGGCAUCGUCGAGGACGACGCCGGCUGGUCGCGGCGCGGCGUCCUUUUUUAUUGUUGAUGACGUCGCUGACGCCGCGUCGACGGCGUUGCGCUACGCGUCCACCGCCACGCCACGGUCGCGUCGAUGCGAUCACUCACCGCCACGCCCUCGCCGCGAUCCACCGUCGCCCGUCGCAGGCGCGCGACCUGCCGUUCCCAUGGUACUGUUCUGGAUCUACUCAAACUAUUACCAGGAAUAGCCCACUGUCAAGGAAAGUCCCACGAGCUCUACGUGGCACGGGAAGGCUACGAACCUAGACCCCAGAAGUCCUUCGCUGAACUAAUACAUGAUACGGGCUUAACGCAAGAGGAACAAGAAGACUAUCCCUUGGAACCGGAGGAGGAUCUGGGGCCCCAGAAACUCCCUUCAUUUCAAGAAAUCGUGACCGUGCUGCGAAAAUACAUCCCCGAGGAGGACCGGCCCUGGGACACGGUCGACUACGAAGAAGUGACAGAGGGGGCGCCGUAUCCCGAGAAGCCGCCGCCACAAAAACCUCCUCCUUCACAAAAACGGUGCGACGCUUCCAAAGUCUUCCAGGAGACCCUGGAUCAUCUUCAGAAGCCGAAGCUGCCCUGGUCGUCGGGCGUCUUCAAAGGGUUAAGUGAGGCGGGGUGCAUCUCGCAUGAUGAGGCGGAGAGGCUGUUUCCGGGGCCGCCUUCUCAGUCCUUUGCCGAGGCGCACCACGAUCCACCGAAGCCUCCCGUUGUGCCUCCCCCUCAAUGUCCGCUGUCGCUCAUGGAGCCGCUGGCUCCCUCAUCGAAAGUUGUUGUUGAGGAGCCUUCGGUUGAUGAGGACGCAGUCAAGAGAGAAGCCGAGGCGUGGAAGGCAAAGGGGCCCAACCGGACGUCGUCGCCCUUGCGGCCGCCGACGCCGCCGACGCCGCCUCCUGAGGACGCGCCGACGCCGACGCCAUCACCGCCAGCUGCCGCGCCGGCGCCGGCCCCGACGCCGGCCUUCGACUACUCGCGCUUCGACAAAUUAAAUGUGAGCGACUCCGACGACGAGGCCCAGGAGCAGGCGCACGAAUUUGUGGAUGAGGUGCUCAAAGAGGGGCGCAAGUUAUUUGAAGACGGGCCGCCCGGUUCGCCGCCGGCGCCCUCGGCCCCGGCGCCGGCCCCGGCGCCCCGGCGGCGCGCGCGGGCGCCCGCGCCCGCUCCGGCGCCCGCUCCAAGGCGCGCGCGGGCCCGGGCGGCCCCGGCGCCGGCGCCGGCGCCUCUCCGAGCGGUAGCCGACGAGAUGGGCGCCACCUCAGCGACAAACGACUUCGAGUUCGACGACGACGGCGACGCCUUCGUCGGCGCGGUCGGCCCGUCCUUGACGCGGGCCCAGGUCGACGGCUUCCGGGUUGUGGAUUUGAAGAAGGAGCUCGCGGCGCGGGGCCUGAAGACGUCGGGCCUGAAGGCCGUGCUGAAGGCGCGACUGCUCGAGGCGCUCGGGCUGCCGGCGUCGUGAUUGUUUUUUAACGUAGUUGUUUUGUGAUCCCUGAUUUGCACCGCGUGGUUCCAAUUUGCACCGCAUGGUUCCAGCUCGCGACGACGUCGUCAUAGUGGGUAGUUCCGUUGUGUGGUGUCGUAACUGGCGUCCUGCUCGGGCUGAGAUUCGCCCAGCUUCGACCGCGAGACGCGCCGGUGUAUUUUUUGCAUUAAAAACCGGAUGGGUUGCCGCUAACAGUCCGGAGACCUCCCGCACACCUAUUCAUGAGUUCUGGGCUGAAUCCUUUCGGGUCGAUUUUCGGUGAUCGAUUGGCCUUGUCAUCGACUAGAAAUCACCGCGCAUCCACUCGGUAGGACCCGCGGUAGCUCGCCAAGUGCAGCAGCACGUAGCGCAGCUAGUCUACGCACACGUGCGCAAGAAACCGCUGCUCAAUCGCUGCGGUAACCACCAAAAACAGCCAGCGACGACAGCCACAAAUCCAGC